GUCUCGAGAUGAUUAGUAAACUGUUUUUUAUAUUCCCCCUGCUGUUUGUAAGAACUGAAGCCACUUUGGGAACGCAGGUGAUCAGCUAUGACAACAAAAGGAUGCUCCAGCUGAUUGAGGACUUCAAUGGAACCGUUUCCGAGCAGCUCUACCUGGUGUCAGCCACUUGGGGAAAGCUAAAAGCCGACUACCCGAGGGAUGUGGCCAAAAUCGAGGACUUGGAGGAAACCCUGCUGCAUGUGGUGUGUCGGAAGGAGAGUAAUGUCACAGUUCGUCAACAACUGCAGGGUUAUCUCAUUCGCGAGCAGAUCCGCGAACAUCUGGAGAUCCUGAAUACCACUGAUCUGUUCCGGCAAGCCCUGGAAUCCGAGGAACAUGAACUGGGAAAGUAUCAGUUUGCCAUCGGUCAGCAUUCCCGUAAAUUUCAUUGUAUUUUUAAGCCAGACCAAUUGAACAGAGUUCUGGUGAGAGUGCUCCAUAGGGUUUACACCUUGCAAAGUUCCACAAAGCUGGCUGCGUUUUUUUACCAGCUUUACAUUACCGGCAAUCGGGAGUCCUAUGGUUUAAUGAUCCAAGCCGAACUGAUGCUGUACGAUCGCUAUAAGAGAGGUGGCGAAAUCAACCAGGAAUUCUGCGCCUACAUGGCAAAACUCUGGCAGAGCAUCCAACUGGAGGAGUUCUAUUCCGGUCUGGAUCAAAGGAUUAAACAAAGACUGGUUGAUGCUGUUAUUGACCUUCUAAAAUACCUCUAAGUCCCAACCAUUUACCAAGACUUUAGUUAUGUGAACUUUAUUCGGUGUGUUUUGUAUGUUUUAGUGCUUUAAUACUUUGAUUUUAAUUGGUUUUGUUUGUCUAGCGUCUGAGAUAAUUACAUAGGUGAAGGCUUGUGUUCUUUACAAUAAAAUAUCAUGUUGUACAUAGA